AUGUCGGAUGGAAAUCUUCCUUAUUCAUGUGAUACAUUUGUAGUUUUACCACCAUUAACAGAUUCAAAUUUUCGUAUAUUUGCUAAAAAUUCUGAUCGACCAGCAAAUGAAGUUCAAGAAAUUAUUUUUGUUUCCAAUGAACAUACAAGUGAUAAUAAGGACUAUGUUCAAUGUACUCAUAUUCAAGUUCCACAGAUAUCAACAACUUAUCGAUGUAUUUUAUCAAAACCAGCUUGGUGUUGGGGUGCAGAAAUGGGUGCUAAUGAACAUGGCAUAUGUAUUGGUAAUGAAGCCGUAUUUUCAAAAGUACCAUAUGAGACACGAAAACCCGCAUUGACUGGUCUUGAUGUUGUUCGAUUGGCAUUGGAACGUGCUAAAACAGCCAAAUCUGCUGUUAAAAUAAUUGGUGAAUUAAUUGAAAAAUAUGGUCAAGGUGGAGCUUGUUUUGAUGCAAGUGCAAAUAUGUCUUACGGUUAUGAUAAUAGUUUUCUUGUUGUCGAUGCUGAAGAAGCAUGGACCAUUGAAACAUGUGACCAUGUUUGGGUUGCUAAACAAAUUAAAGUUGGAAAAAUGUCGACAUCCGAAUCAGAAUUCGAAAAUAAUUCGUCUGAUGAUACUAUGGCAGAUGAAAUUGUCGACGAUCGAAUGAUUGACAUGGAUGAUGACAAUGAUUAUGAUGAUUAUUGUGAUUUCGACGACACUGAUCAUUUUACAUCAUUAGAGGAUAUGAUAUUCGAAGAAAGUAAAUCUGAACAUUUCGAAGUUCCUUUAGUCGAUAUUCCUUUAAAUUAUUCUGUCCGUUUGGCUAUGCAUUCUGAACCUCAUCGUUCAGUUAAUUCAAAUUUAUUAACACAAUUUGUCAAUGAUUCAAUUCUGACAUAUUUAACAGCUCCACCACUCAUUCGUCAAAUAGGAAAUACAGGAAAAUAUUGUUUAGCAAUUGAUCCUACAGUUGAUGAUUCUGGAACAACAUCUUUAUCAACUUCUCAACUAUAUAUUGGAAAUGUACCUUCGAACACUAAAUGGUAUGAUCUUAAAAAGUGGUUCAUCGAACAGGGCUACGGUGUUAGCCAUGUUGAUCUGAAAACGAAUAGAAAAGGUGCUCGUUAUGCUUUUACUCGAUUUGAUUCUAUUCAAAUUGCGACUGAGGUUCUAUAUAGAAGUGAAACAAAACCAACAGCUUUCGUUUUUAACGGCAAAAAGUUAGAUAUUAAAAGUACUAAUCGAUCUUCUCAACAGCCUAGUAAUACUUUACUUACUACGACAGCAAUCAUUGAUACAGCGACAAGCAUUAAUAUUAAAAUUACAGAUAUUCAUUAUGGUACGCUCAUUACAGGAGCAGCGAUGAAAAAUAUACAAACAGAAAACAGCAUCGUUUAUAAUGCUGAUCAAUUUGGCAUUAUAGCUCAUCGUCUUAUAACUGAUAAAUGUAACAAUUUUCGAUUGAAUAUCGAUACUGAAAAGAAAAAAUUAACUAUUAUUGGUGCAUUAGACCCAAUGAUGACGGAUCAGUUUGUUAUUAAUAUUCAAGUGAAAUUUCAAUGGAACUUUCGAGAUUUGAAAGCUAGAAAAAUAACUCCAGUAUUAAUCAACGAAAAUGAAGUUUUUUUACUCGUUGAAUUUAAACGACCUCCAAUAAUUUUAGAAGUACGAAACAAAAGUAAUUCACUUGUUGACAAUUUCGAUGAGAAUCGUUUACCUGGCUAUGGCCUUAUUGGUCAUGCUAAUGCGUGGCUUUUUAAAUUAUCUUCACAAAAUUUACGUAAUGAUUAUAUAAAAUUAUUUGAGAUUUUACGUCGUUAUAAUUUAUCACCACGAGAAUUUUCUGAAUUCAAUAUAAUUCAAUUAAUUGGAACAAUACAAGCUGCAAGAAAAAAUCUUGAAUCUGUCCUAUUAAUAUCCAAUGAUGAAUGGAUAAAAGAAAAUCAAGUUAAAGUAGAUAAUUUUCUUAAUCAUCGAUGGCCAUCAUAUCCUUUUGAAACAAAAUUUGAAAUUAUGAAACUUUUAUCAAAACAUAUUAUUACAAUUAAUGAUUUAAUUGUUGAUGAAAAAGCUGAACAUAUUUUAAAGAAAUGUACAAUUAAUACAUUAAUUGCUCUUACAGAUAAAAUUGUUGAAUUCGCUCCUCGAUGGUUUGCUACAACGUGUGAUAAUGAAGAUGAAGAUUGGAAUAAUGAGAACGAAGAACAACAAGUAGAACAAGAAGAAAACCAAGUGCCAACUACUACUGAAGAUCUUUCUAAUAGUACCGAAAAUUCAUUUAUUUCUCAACAUAUUCGUUCAUGUACUACUGGAAGAUUCAUCAAUACUACAAAUACAGAGAGAAUAUCAAUUACAUCAGCUACGGCAAAACAUUUGUUCGUACAAACAAAACAUCAUCCUGGAACAUUUAGUCGUCUACUUAUUUGUGCCCUUGAACAAUUACUCAAAAAAUAUGAACUUUGUAGAACAAAAACGACGGAAAUUUAUGCGACGAAACUUGAAUUACGUACUGCAAAUGUGGAACCAUUUUUAAUUCGUAAGAUAUACAUAACACCAUCGACGGUUCUAUAUGAAGGACCUUAUCGUGAAGAAAAAUGUGCUGUAACACGCUACUUUGUACAACAUCAAAAUCGAUUUCUUCGUGUAGCUUUUCGUGAUGAAGAUUAUCGUGUAUUACAUAAUAACAAUGAUAAUAUGACAAAGAUCUAUGAGCGUAUCAAGAAAAUCUUGAUUAAUGGAGUUAAUGUAUGUGAUAGACAUUAUGAAUUUUUAGCUUUUUCAAGUUCACAAUUACGUGAACAUUCCUGUUGGAUGUUCUCUUCAGCUGAUGAUGGUACCACAGUUGAUACAAUUCGUACAUGGAUGGGCAACUUUCGUAAUGUUCGUCCUGUAGCUAAAUUAGCUGCCCGUGUAAGACAAUCAUUUUCGACAAGUAUCAAAGGUAUUCAACUUGACAGUUGUCAAAUAAGAGAAAUAUCCGAUUUCAAACAAUUCGAAAGAACUAGUGAACGUACAUACGAACAUUGUUUCACAGAUGGUAUUGGUAUAAUUACACUAAAAUUGGCCAAAAUAUUAGCAAAAGAAACGAAAUUAUCUGAAAAAGUUUGUCCUUGUGCAUUUCAAAUUCGUUGUGGAGGUUAUAAAGGUAUGGUCUGCUUGGAUGUCUCAGGUAAGAUUACUAAUCACAAUGAAGACGUCCAAUUUCGUGAAUCGAUGAAUAAAUUCAUUGCAAAAGAAAAUCGCUCCAUUGAUGUUAUACGUACAUCACUUAAUCCUUCAAUUUCUUAUCUUAACAGACAAAUUAUUCUUCUUUUAUCAUCUCUUGGGAUUCCUGAUGAAACUUUUAUCGCAUUGCAAAACCAUAUGCUAGAACAAUUAAAAGCACUAACAGAAAAUUAUCGUGAAGCAUGUGAAUCAUUAAAAGGUUUAAAUGAAUUUGGUGGAAAUGGAUAUCAUAGAUUUUUAAUUGAAUAUUUAAAACGUUUACGUGAACGAAAAGAUCCAUUUGUUCGACAACUUCUUUUUGUUAUUAAAGCAUUUCUUAUUAAAGAAUUACGAACAAAAGCAAAAAUUCGUGUGCCAAAUUCAUGGUCUUUAUUGGGAGUAAUUGAUGAAACUCGAACACUUAACUAUGGUGAAGUUUUUAUACAAAUAGAUAAUAGUAACCAACAAACAGAAGGUUUAACAACAGAGAUAUUCCGUGGUCCCGUAGUAGUUACAAGAAAUCCAUGUUUUCAUCCGGGUGACAUUCGAAAACUCCAAGCAGUUGAUAUACCUGCUUUGCAUGGAUUAAAAAAUGUUAUUGUUUUUCCUAUGAAAGGACCUCGUCCUCAUCCUAAGGAAAUGUCUGGUGGGGAUCUCGAUGGAGAUACAUUCUGGAUAACUCGUCAUCCAGAUUUAAUAUUCGAAAAAAACGAAGAUCCAUUUGAUUAUCAAGAUCAAGAAGAUGAAGCUUACAACAUACAAUUAGGAACAAUAGUUCAACAUACUAUUAAAGAUGUGUGCAAUUUUUUUGGCGAAUAUAUCGCAGCUGACAAUCUCGGUCUUAUUGCCAAUAGUCAUUUGGCUUUUGCCGAUCAAUUAGAAAAGGGUGCCAAAAAUGAAAAAUGUCUCGAAUUAGCUAAAAUGCACAGUGUGGCGGUGGAUUUUGCUAAGAAAGGAGUCAAUGCACCUCGUCUUAAACGUGAACUUCGUCCUACGAAGUAUCCACAUUAUAUGGAAAAGAAGGACAAGUCAAUAUAUCAUUCACCAACAAUUCUUGGUAAACUCUAUGAUAAAGUUGAACAUUACAGUAGUAAUUUAUAUAUUAAUGAAGAAGAAGAAACCGUUGCUACAUCAUCAUUUCCUUAUGAAUAUUUUUUUAUUAAUGGAAAUGAUGAAUAUAUGAAAGAUGCUCGCAUUAUAAAAAGUGAAUAUGAUCGAGAUAUAAAAAGAAUCAUGCGACAAUAUGGUAUCAAACAUGAAGUUGAAGUUGUUUCAGGUUAUAUUCUUAAAUUUACUUCAAAACAAUAUGCAAAAGAAAGUAAAAUUUUCGAAUUACGAAAUGAAAUUAUACAUGCAUAUAGAGUCAUACAAGAUAAAUAUUUGCGUCUCUUCUGGGAAGAAUUCUAUCCAUUAGCAGAUGAAUCACAAGAAGAAAAAGUCAAAUGGUCCGAAAUAUCGAAAAAAUUAACAUGGAAAAAUCAACUUGAUACAUUUGAAUUUUAUGAUCAAAUAACAUUAUCGGAUGAAGUCAAGAAAAAAGCAUCAGCAUGGUUUCAUAUAACUUAUGAACCGUGGAAAAUACAUAUCAAUAAAUAUCGAAAAAGUAAAAAGAAAAAACAAAAUAUAUUUCCAAAUAAUCAACAAACAAACCAAUCAGCACGAUUCAAUGGAUUAUUUAGUUUCGCUUGGUUAGUUUAUCCUGUACUAUUGGAAAUAUUCGAUCAAAAUAAUAAAAAUUCAACGAGCAAUACAGAAUUACAGGCGAAAACAAAGAAGAAGAAGAAGAAGAAAAACAAAAGAAAAGAUAUUUCCAUUCCAUCUAAUAACAGUAACGAACAAAUGUAA